AAUGUUUUAUCUUUUCUUUAAUUAGCCUAAUGUGUUGACGUUUAGUUAUAAUCUUAAUAAAAACAGUUAUUAACAGUUUUUGUCAGAUAAAUGUUCAAAACCCGUAGAUAAGUAACAUCAAAUGAUUACACAAAUCCUAGUUAAACUAAAAAUUUAUUUUAAAGGUAUUUAGUCUCACAUCACAAUUAGGCCUAAAUGCAAUCUUCUAAAAUGUCAUCUUUCAUAUUGAAAUUAUCUGGGCACCAAAACUACAUUAGACUAGUGGAUCAUGCUAUAAAGUCAGUUUUGAAUAUUAACAAGUGCAGUAAAGCAAUAUUUCGAAGAGAAGGUUAUGGCAUGAUAUCUACCAGUUCCAGUCCUUACUUCAGGAAAACUACCUUGGAGAACAGUUACGAAGGAGAUGUUAACAGCUACACAGGCCGCAGUCACACAUGUGGUCAACUGAGAAGCAGUCACGUAGGAGCUGAGGUCACGUUGUGUGGUUGGCUUGACAGUCAGCGAGGCAACCGGUUCGGAACUCUGCGUGACGGUCACGGGAAAACUCAGAUCUUGAUUCCAACAGAGCUGGAAGGAACUCUGGGGAAGAAGUUGGGCCAAACAUCGUUGGAAAGUGUUAUCAAAGUUAUUGGAACUGUGAGCGCCCGUCCACCUAAUCAAAUAACAAAGUUACAAGGCACUGGUGAAGUGGAAGUCGUUGUCAAAGAGUACAUAGUGUUGAACCCUGCCAAGACAGAUCUGCCUUUUGUGAUCAGAGACCAUAACAAGCCUAAGGAGCCGAUGCGUAUGAGGUAUCGCUACCUGGACCUGAGGUACGCGGACUUGCAGCGCAGGUUGAGACUCAGGUCUCAGGUGCUCAUGAGGAUGAGAGAGUUCCUCAUCAACCAACGAGGCUUUGUGGAGGUGGAGACUCCAACGCUGUUUAGACGCACACCAGGAGGAGCUCAAGAGUAUGUAGUACCUACAAGACAGCAGGACAAGUUUUACUCCUUAGUCCAGAGUCCUCAGCAACUGAAGCAGCUGUUGAUGGUGGGAGCAAUGGACAGAUACUUCCAGGUAGCCAGGUGCUACAGGGACGAGGGAGCUAGGCCAGACAGACAGCCGGAGUUUACUCAGAUGGACAUUGAGCUUUCGUUUACCAGCAGGGACGACAUCUUGAGUUUGAUCACGGAUUUGCUGAGAGCUAGUUGGCCACAGGAUCUUCCACCACUUCAAACACCCUUCCGUGUACUGACGUAUCACGACGCGAUGCAUCUUUACGGCAGCGACAAACCUGAUCUCAGCUUUGACAAUAAGCUUGUAGACAUUGGCCACUUAAUAUUAGAAGAACAUAAGGAAUCGUUAGAACGAAAUUUGAAAGAUGUCAAGAACUUCACUGCCAAAGCUUUAGUUUUCAGCCCAAAUAAUAUGUCCAAGUUAAAAAGUUCAUUCCAAGAGUGUAAAAAUCAACUGAAAGAAAAGGGAAGUGACAAAGCCAAGUUAAUACAGGUGAAGUAUUCAGACAAUAUUGAUCAAGAGCUGGCCAGUGCUUUGCCGUUCGUCCAGAUCUCCGAACUGAAAGAUACCCUUCAGCUGCAGCCCCAGGACUGUGUUGUUGUAGGGAUCGGAAAGGAGAGUGUUUUACUCCCUCUGAUGGGUAAGCUAAGACAGGAUGUCUUCAGUAACCCAACGACAGAUUUCCACUUUGCCUGGAUUGUGGACUUUCCCCUAUUUCUGGAGGGAGACGACGGGUCACUAGAAGCAGCUCAUCAUCCUUUCACUGCGCCUUUUGAAAGUGACAAGCACCUUUUAGACUCAGAUCCCUUAAAGGUGCGAGGUCUCCAUUUUGACCUGGUGUUGAAUGGCUACGAGGUCGGUGGAGGUUCAGUUCGUAUCCAUGACGCAGAGUUGCAGACCAAAGUGCUACAAGACAUCCUCAACAUCCCUACUGACAGUUUAGAACACUUACUAGAGGCCCUUAGAUCAGGGGCUCCUCCCCAUGGCGGAAUAGCACUCGGCAUGGACCGUUUAUUGUCAGUCAUGACUGGAACAUCAAGUAUCCGAGACGUUAUUGCUUUUCCGAAAGGAGUUGACGGCAAGGACCCCCUCAGUGGGGCUCCAUGUGAUAUAACGGAUGAGGAGAAGAAAAUGUACCACCUGACACUAAAGAAGUAAAAAAAAACUUACUAUAGAAUGUGAAUGUACUGAAAUAUGCUUAAUCAGAUUGCUUCAGUUGUUAGGUUAGGUUGAAAAGUGAAAAUUUCCUUUUCAAAUAAUCAACUUUCUACCAAUAUAGACCUUGAUGGUAAUUGGGUCUACAUUAAGGCAGCAUCAUUAAAGAUGAUUGUCCAAACUAGCCAAUUUAAUUUUAUAAUUUAUUUUACAAAUAUUAUAUGGUGUACUUGAGAAGUAAAUCGACUCUUGCCAUGACGUUUGGAGAUGAUUUAAAAGAUUCAAGACUUAUGCAUUUAAUAAAAGUGUGGUGAUUUGUCCUGCAGGGCAGACAUUUUGUAAUCAGCGACUAUUUGGAUGUGUUAUCUAUUCACUGUUCAGAAAUUAGUGCUUCAAACCACAGAAAACACACUGCUAUAACCCAGAAUGCCAACCACAGCAUAGCAACGCUGGUGGCGCCGCCUACGAAUUGACAGGCAAAGCUCUCUCAAAGUACUUAACGCUUUUUACCAUGCAGUUGGCAUUCUGGGUUAUAGUAGUAUGUUUUCUGUGUUCAAACUUAGGUGCAAGAGAUAGGCCUACUGGCUAUUCCAAACAUAUCCAUAAACAUUUGAGGGGUUUGGAUUUUACUUUAUUUUAAAAGCAUGUGACACCUCUAUAUAAAAUGCCUUGAUGUACACAAAAAACGUAACACCUAGAUAAAUUACAAAAUGUGAUAACUGAAGCAAUCUUUUUAAUUAUUGUGGAUAUGCAAAUAUGUUAAAUGAUCAUACUGAGCACACGUUUCUACAAAUGUGUAGACCUAAAGGUAAAUUUUGUAAUAUAAGUCUAUAAAAUGCAAAUGUUAGAUAUUGUCAAGUAUCUGAAUAAUCCAGGCUCAUAAUAAAGAUAGUACACUUUGUAA